AUGAAUGACUUAACUGAUACAUUAAGUAUUUUAAGUUUAGAAGAUUGGAAUGCUACGGAUACAGGUGUUUUAUCACAUAUAAAAACUCCUAUUCAAAAUACAUUUUUUAGCUCGAAUUCGGAUUUAAUUGGUAAAGCACUUCGUCAAUCUAUAAUUUAUUUUGCUGAAACAUUAAAUAUAGUUGAUCGAUCAUCAUGUAUAUUUGGAAAUGAAUUUCGUUCAACACGAACACAUAAAUGUCAAUUAUUACGUACAUCAGAUGAAAAAACUUCAGAAACAACAACAAUACCAAUUGAAAUAACAACAUAUGCACCAAUUGCAUUUGAAUAUAUGCGUACAGUAAUUGGUAUAACACGAAAUGAUUUUCAAACAUCAUUCAACUGUGAUGAAUUAAUUAAUUUUGCUAAUACAGGAAGAUCAGGUUCACAAAUGUAUAAAACAGCAGAUGAUGUUUACAUUAUAAAAACAGUACGUGAUCAUGAAGCAAAAUUGUUGAUUCGAAUUUUAUCUGGCCUUUAUUUAUAUUAUUCUCAUACACCUUCAUUAAUGACACGAUAUGUUGGUUUAUAUUCUGUAAAUAUGGGUUCAAAAUUAGCAUCGGAAAUCUAUUGUAUUGUUAUGUUGAAUAAUUUACCAUCAUUUCUUGAUAUUAAUGAAAUAUAUGAUCUUAAAGGAUCAAGAUUUGGUCGAUAUUCAAGUGUUGAUUUACCAGUAAAACGUUUAAAAGCAUUAAAAGAUCUUGAUUUUGAAUUAUUUUAUCCAUAUGGUAUUCGUAUUCCACAUGAUAUUUAUCGAAGAUUAAGAUUAACACUUGAAUCUGAUAUAUGUGAAUUAAGAAAAAUGAUGAUUACUGAUUUUAGUCUUAUAUUAGGUGUUUAUCAAUUAGAUGAGCAUAUUCAAAAUAAAAAAAAUAACGAACAAACUCUAAAAUUACGACCAAAACCACAAUUAGGUUUAAGUGCAUUAUUUGCAGCAACAAACAUUGAUCGAACAUUAUUUGAAUCUAGUAAAUUUAAUGAGACAAAUAAAACAGAAAAUAUUUCAAAUACAAAAUUAAUUAAUAAAUUUAUUAUGAAACCUUUACAUCUUAUUGCUUGUCCACAAGAAGAUACUUUUUCUGAUGAUACAAUGGCAACAGCAUUUUUAGGUAUUCCUGGUGUAACACAUGAUGGUAAACGUGUACUUCUUUAUCCAGCUAUUAUUGAUUGUUUACAAACAUUUGAUAAUUUCAAACGUAUGCAACAUACAAUACAAAAUAUUCGUGAUCGAAAACGAAGUUCUGAAUAUAGUGUUAUUCAUCCAGAUGAAUAUGAAAAACGUCUUAUUCGAUUUUUAUUUGAUAAAGUACUUAUUGAUUCUAAACAAACAUUGAAUGAAUUACUUGCUUCACCUAUUUUAUGUAAUACUCUUUCAGAAGAUGAGAUUAGACAAAUGUAUGAAAAUCAAAAUCAAUGUUUGAAUGCACAACGUGAAUCAUUUGAAAUUAUUCAAACGUUAGAUAUUAGUAGUGUAUCAGUGCAUAAUGAACCAAUUAUUCAAACAAAUGAAAGCUUGUAA